AUGAAUUCAUCAAAUGUAUCGAAAUCUAGUUAUUUAGAACCGCCUACAGCAGAAGAACUGACGAAGAUGAAGGUGGUAUCAGCUCCUGAGUUACCAAAUCCGGAGGAUGAGGAAGAGGCGUCGUUUAGGCCACAGUUGUCAGCUCCCUCGUACUUACAUCACUUACGAGAGAACGAAUCUCCUCCAUUUUCGAAACCAGAGUUAGAGCCACGUCCACAUAUACUAACAGGCACGAUAAUGAAUGAGGAGGAAGCGGUAGCCAUGAUCGCAGCUGCUGAUGCUGAUAAAGAGAAUGGGUUGAAGAAGUUUAUAGGGAAUUUCUUAAUAGAAAAGAAUAUGGUACUUAACUACGCUUUACCUGAAAAGAAUUUCCUAAUUAGUCUGAUUAUGGAGACCAUAGAUUAUGCAGCACAGCGGGACUUUGAUGCGUUCAAACUAGCUGUGCUCAUUACAAUAUACCUGGACUCGCAUCUGUACUUCAAAUGGUACUACUGGCAGUCACCGACAGCACUCUGGAACUACUUCAAGGAAGUAAUGAUAAGGCACACAAUUGAGACCCGGAACAAUAAUCUGUGGAUCACACAAAGAGUUGUUCCGUGCGGGAAUCGAAUCCGCGACACGUUGCGCGCCAGCCAGUUGCCCAGCCAUCGCGCCAAACGUGCAGUCCGUUUCGCGCAGUCAAAUAUUAAUUAG